AAUUUUCCCAGUCGAAGAAUCUGCGAUUUUCAACAGAACCACGAAUCCAGCAGACACAACGUGUAAGGUAAUCUGGAUCCCUCGACGGCUGUUUGGACUUCUCGCCGCCAGAAAAGGGCCUUGCUGGAUUACUAGGCCGCAUGCAACUGACCUCUAUGCAGCAAAAGAUUCUCUCUACCCCCUUCCACCAACUCCUGCCCAAGUCGCCUCCAGGUGUCCGACCAUAUUCAACUCUUGGUAUACUCCGGAGGCGCGAGUCUCGUCAGCGGAUCCAAAUCAUUGCUAAAGUUUAUACCGGCCACUUUCCAGUUGAGAGCCUCAAGGAGCAACGGGGCGUCUGGUCAUAUUGUUCCCGAACCAUUGACUUUCACAUCUCCACCUGGCUCACCCUUGGGCGACCAAUCGAUCACCAUCCCCGGGAUUUCGGUCUUCCCGGGUUGCCCCUCCGCUCCGUCACUGGCAUCAGUGAUCUCGUGUCAGACCAAAACGACUCUGAAGAGGCAGACAACACCCAAUUAAAACUGAUAUGCCCGCAUAGCAGACCAGCAUUCGAGCCCUGAGGAGUGGACCAGCUGCUUCCUUCACGGGAACGUGUUUGCUACCAGAGGCUCUAGUCUCCCUGACCUGGCAGCAGUCACGCAGAACACUGUGGGGGGCUAUUCUCGGCUGGCGAAUACAUCUUCGCUGCAUACAUACCCUUAACUAGGCUCCCACCGGUGACAGUGGCCCCACUGAAAAUCUGAGCCCAAGUCGAUAUUCCCGUCCCGUCCCGCUAUUCAAGUUGCCCCCCCUCCUCUUCGUCGUGGGUACUCCCGGAGCAAGUAGUUUACAUACUGCUGUGGUGGCAGGACCUCUGGCCAAAGACAACUACCUUGUCACUCACACCUUUGGACAGUGUCUUGUGCAACAAGUUUCCCUGUAUUGUAUUUUUCAACAGUUUCGUGCCUUGGCGGAACGUCACAGCUACGACUAAAACCCCCAGUUACGGCGCAUCAUUUGCGGCCGUCUUCCGGAAAGCGCCUCUCUUUGCUGAUUCUCUGCAACGCGUCACGCAACCUCGGUAACCUUUCCCACAACAGCCUGAAUCGAGUUCUGUCAAAGGCGCGGGUUGUGGUGCAUUGAUGCGUCGGAUCCCUCACGAAUCUACUCCAUCUCGGGGAUGCUAGAGCAGGCUAGCAAUUUUCAUCCUUCGCCGACAACGACGACGAGAGUUAAGUAAGAUCGAUACUCUGCCUAAUUCGCACUCCAGUAUACAAGACAGGUGCAACUCAGGGAGUCAUGAGCGAGUAUUACCAUAACUUUCUGUCCUCAGUAUCGGGACUGGGGGCCAAUUCCGGCUUGAGCCCGCAGGAUGCGCCGCAAGGACCCCCGCCUGCUUUUGGUACGGGCAGCAGCAUCGACCCGAACAAGUUCCAGAACAUGACAUAUUAUUCUGGUUUUGCAGAGCCGGCGUUGUUCCAAGCACCAAGGUCUCAGCGAAAUAGACGGAAGUCUGCCCCUGGUGCGGAUCACAUCAAACAUAGAAGAACUCGCAGCGGCUGUUUUACCUGCCGGAGUAGAAGAGUCAAGUGCGACGAGACACAUCCCGUUUGUGAACGAUGUCGCAAAGGUUCACGAGACUGCGUUUAUCCGGAUCCACCGUCUUCGAAAUACUCCGUCCCACAUGGCGGCAAAGAUGCGGAUACCAGUCGUCAAGCAAGUCCGGCAUCCUCAAAUGAGGAGGAAGAUGACGCAGACCAGGACGGAAGGUUAAGUCCCAUCCCAGACGAGGACGAGGACGACUUAGGGAGCGUCUCCGAGCAAUCAAUGCCGCCCACACAAAGUCUCAGGCACAUGAGCACGGCAUCCUCUUUGAAUCUGAAGCGACUUUUAACUCGAAAUCGCCAGCCUUCCGAGACAUCUUCUCAAGAAGGCGCCAAAGGCUCGUCGCCGACGAGGUCGAUCGGGACGACUAGCAGCAAUACUCCCUUGAUGGCUAACCUGCCAGAUAUUGUUUUUGGUGCAGUCCCAGAAUUUUCCCAUCUCCCAGCCGACUUGAGAUAUUACCUCGAGUAUUUCCUCGAGAAUAUCACGCAUUAUCACUACGGUGUACACCGAGACUUUGCUGGCUUCUUCCGAACGACACUUAUCAACUUGGCGCUCCGCAAUGAGCCAUUGCUCCAUGCCAUCGUUGCUUUCGCGGCAUAUCAUCAGACACUCGGGGACCCGAACGGUCAGCUUCCGGAAUUCCUCAAAUACUACAACAGAAGUGUCAUUUUGCUACUCGACCUUCUCAAGAGUGGGGACAAGCAUGAGCUCACAACGCUCUUGACAAUAUUGCAGCUAGCAACAAUAGAGGAGUACCUCGGCGACUGGGUGAACUUGAUGGGCCACCAGAAGGCAGCCCUUGAGAUAUUGAGUCAGCUCUUCACACCCCAGUCUAUCGUAGAAACGUCGCUCAAUCGCAUCAUUCUGUCAUGGUAUAUUCGGUUCGAUAUUCUUGUCGGGCUCAUGGGAGGAUUCGUGACGAGCCUUCCACGAGAUUGGUUCGUCGCAUUCGACGGGCAUUGCCGAGCAAGACUAGCAAAUGAGCCCGACGAUUUGGAGUGGCUAUAUGAGAAGGCCGAGAACCGUCUUCGCCUGAUUUGCCACGACAUCAGCCUUCUUGUUGCCAGGCGUGCAAGAGAUAACAUCGAAGGAGCAUCAUUCACUACGGAACACGAGACUAUCGCCCGGCAAUUGCGAGAGUGGAGGGAGACCCUUGAACCCGCGCUCAUGGAUCCUUCUCGCCGGGUAGUUCUGCCCUCCCAUACCCCAGACGAGAUGGUCAGAUUUUCACCACAGACGGCACCGUUAUAUGACGCGCCCUUAGCUUCAACGACAUUACUCCUUUGCGAAUGGCAUGCCACGGUAAUGAUGCAUCUGUACCAGGCAAGCCAGGGCACUCAAGGUCAGAUUCUAUCAGAGCUGGGGAGUUUGUCACAACACGCCGAGGCCAUCGGCCAGAUCUUCAGCGCUAGUGAGCAAUGGGCUUCCGGCCCGAAAGGCUUUCUGAUCAUGCUCCAUCCUUGUCUCACGAUUGCAUCGAUGUUCCUUCCACCGAGCCCCGGCAGCAGUCUAUGGUUGAGGAAUAAAUUUGCCUUGUUAGAAAGCUCUGGGUAUAUAUUCCCGAUCAUGGUACGGAAAAGAAUGGCGGAGCUCUUCCAGGACGAGACGGUGGUUCGCUGGUGGCUCCCGGAUGAUCACGGGUUCACUCCCAUAUUGCAGAGCGUCCGGGCAUUUGCAGAUGAAAGGAACGAGGCGGCCAGCUCAGCUCGGACGGAGAGCCUUCAGGACAUGAAGAACGUGUUCGCAGCCUUGCAUCUUGGGGGCGACACGAGUCCUGUUGCAGGAACUGGGGGCAGCAUGCUGAGCCCUGCAGAGACAGGAAAUGACAGGGGCAUUAAAAGUCAAAUGGGUUGAAGGCCCAGUGAAAGGUACCCAAGGCAGCAUACAUCAUUGUUCGAAGGGAUCGUCUGGAUAGCCGUCCCAAGGGGACAGGGAACUCGGCUGGGCUUGGCAAGGUCGUUGUCAGGCAGGCCCGUUCGAAAGAGACGUCGACCAUUUGAGGCUGAAAAGUGGGAGACCCGUUCUAGCCCCGGGUGUGGGCUAAAGUUUGUUCCCUGUCCUCAGCCGGCUACUUCCGGUGGGUUGUUUGACCAGUGGGACAUUCCAAAUCAUCAGAUUGAGGCCAGCGGUGCGGUCUGAUCUGGUAGUUAUCAGGUCCAGGGGCGAGUUGCGGCGCGGCGCGGCGCGGCGGCCGUCGUCCAUUCUCCUACUACCCCAACCCACCAAGGUCCAGACAACCCUGUCGUUCGAGGGCUGCCGUUGACUAGCCCACUUUAUAGACUAUGUGACUGACUAUCUAUCUACCCACUGCCUGGCUCGAACCUGGAUCGACACUGCCGCGAUGUCAUGCUACCUGUCAUUUUCCACUCCGAUCGACUAGCUGC